AUGCCUCUCAGGCCUCUCAAGCUUCAAGCUCUCGGGCUUCAAGCUCUUCUAUACUCCAUCGCGCAGGCUCUCGUCGCUUAUCCCGAUAAUACCGCGUACAACUCUGGGUUGAAGUUCCCUAUCUGGUUUAAGGAUAAAUGGCGAUACGAUCCCAUUUGGUACCGAAAAGCAGAGACUUCAAUCAAAACCAUAUACCAGCGUUAUAUAGACGCCGAGGAAGAGGAGGAGCCCAAGCCUAAGCCUCCACCACGCCGUUACUCGUUUUUAGGCCAUUACAUUAGCAAAAUCUUACUCGGCUCAACCUCGGCUCAUUUAUGCUCAGCCCGAAUCACGCUUGCUCGGGCUUGCUCGGGCUUGCUCGGGAUCAAAAUCAUGGUGCCUCAGGCUACUCACGACCAAAAUCCAGGUGCCUCAGGCUGCUCAUGCUCGACCCCCUUUUGGUUCCUUGUCCUGAUUCUAGUCCUGAUUCUAGUCCUGAUUCUGAGAGGUCUGGCUCUAGUUCUCUUCAAUCCCGCUUCUGCCUUCGCUGACCUUCCAUUUUUAAUAAAUGCAAGUCGCAGUGAAAAGAUAGACGUUCACACGAUCACGUAUCAGCAGCUAGUCUACGCAUAUACCACUUUGACUACCUUCGAAGUCUAUGUGACAGGGGCUUCGUACAGCAACUCUCGAAAUAUGUUCAGAUGGCAAUGUACAAGCAUUCCCGCAACUGACUGGAGCCUUACCACUACUCAGAGUUCCGUACGAUACAAUACAUAUCUGCCUGUAAUCAACUCCGAUUUUGGGGCCCUGCAAAGACUGCGAGGCGAAGACCGCUUAGAACACAUGGCCCAAUGGCUGAUAGUUGCAGUUGGCUAUGCUCUGUGUAAACGCAGUGCUCCGGGCACUAUGACUUGGUCUAUCUGGAGCAGAUUCACUUAUUGGAUUCAGAGCUUCACUACCACAGUGGCUGUGAUACUGACUGUGCUUGAGCAAGAGUUUCUUGCACGCAGUAGUGCAACUAUUGCAGCUAUGGAUCCAUCAAAGGUUAAGAACAAAACCAUGGAAGACGACUCUAGCAAGCAGCACAAAGCUAACAAGAACAGGCAGGGCCGGGAGCUAAUCCUUACAGGUUUAAGAUGGGUUGUCUAG